GCUGGAGUAGGAGCCGGGGCAGCGCUGAGGCGGGAGAGUCCGUCCGCGGCUCUCGGCUGGGUUAAAUCAGCGGUUUUGAGAGUCCUCAGUUGUGCUGCCUUGUCAUAGUUGACUGCAUGUGCUUAGAUAUUUGCCUCCAGAUCUUCUGUUGAGUAUGGCCCUGCUGAAGGGCAGUGCCCCUUGAGGAAAAACACUCCUCAAGCAGAAUCUCAGCAGUGACAGACUACUGAGAGAGGUGCUGCAGAAACUAUGUAAGCUGUUUUCGCGCUUCUGGAGUAAACAUGAUGAAAACGGAGUCUUCAGGAGAGAGAUCAACCCUGCGAAGUGCCUCUCCUCACAGGAAUGCUUACAGAACUGAGUUCCAGGCGCUGAAAAGCACCUUUGACAAACCGAAAUCAGAUGGAGACCAAAAAACGAAAGAGGAAGGAGAGGCCUCGCAGAGCAGGGGAAGGAAAUAUGGCUCAAAUGUCAAUAGGAUUAAGAACUUAUUUAUGCAGAUGGGCAUGGAGCCCCCUGAAAGUGCUGGAGUUACCCCUAAAACCAGGGGGAAGGGUGGCCCUCCAUCGCCCCAAAGGCGAGUUAGGCCCAAGGAAUUUGUAGAAAAAGCAGAUGGUUCAAUUGUGAAAUUGGAAUCAUCUGUCUCAGAAAGGAUCAGUAGAUUUGAUACUAUCCAUGAUGGUCCUUCCUAUUCCAAGUUUACUGAAACUCGGAAGAUGUUUGAGCGAAACGCUCGUGAAAUGGGACAUUCCAAUCGCUAUUCCCCAAAGAAAGAGAAAGUCCUUUCCAAUGAGCUUCCGGAUGAUUGGUGCAGCUCUAAAUCUCACAGGGGCAGCACUGAUUCACUGGACAGUCUUAGCCCAAGGACAGAGACUGUCUCUCCAACUGUGAGUCAGCUCAGUGCAGUUUUUGAAAACACUGACUCCCACAACGUAAUUGUUGUAGAAAAAUCAGAAAACAGUGAAGAGUACUCUGUAACUGGUCACUAUCCGCUAAACCUCUCUUCUUCUGUUCCAAAUAUUCCCUCCCCGGGGGCAAACCUUGAGGGUUUCAGUCCUUUGAAAGAUGCCAGCACAUGGUCUCCUGAAGCCAAACAGAGUACAGGUGUGAUGUCUGUGGAGAGCUCUCAGCAGAAUAGCACACCUUCCACACCGAGGCAGAAGACAUCCACAGGCGUGUCAGCAGGUUCACAGGCCUCUGGAGAGGUAAAGAAGAGUACAGAGGCAAGUUCUGAUUGUGUUGAGAGCUCUGCAGUGAGUCAACAGGAUUUGGUCAGCGUGCUUGACAAUGAGAGAUCCGUGGACAGCUGUGCUAGGAGUAAGUCAAAAGCAGAAGUUUUGUUGCAACAAAAGGAACGCUCAGAACCUGCAGAGGGUAUCUUUGAUAGACCUGAAGCACCAGAAUUAAAGAGAAAUACAGCUACAGGUGGUGAUUUUGCCACAGAUGCUGUCUCAGAUGCUGCUGAGUCCCAUUAUGAUGAGGCAAGUGAAAAAGAAGUGCAUGAAGAUGUGAAUAACUUGCAGAGUUCCCAUGUGUACAUGCAUUCUGACUACAAUGUGUAUCGGGUACGAUCAAGAUAUAAUUCUGACUGGGGAGAAACAGGUACAGAACAGGACGAUCAGGAUGAUAGUGAUGAGAACAACUGUUAUGAACCAGAUAUGGAAUAUUCUGAAAUUAAUGGAUUGCCAGAUGAAGAUGAAAUCCCACCUAACAGAAAAAUACAGUUUAGCCGUGCUCCAAUUAAGGUUUUCAACACAUAUUCCAAUGAAGACUAUGACAGGAGAAAUGAUGAAGUUGACCCAGUGGCUGCAUCAGCUGAAUAUGAACUUGAGAAGCGUGUGGAAAAGCUGGAGCUCUUCCCAGUUGAACUAGAAAAAGAUGAAGAUGGACUUGGCAUAAGCAUUAUUGGAAUGGGAGUUGGAGCAGAUGCAGGCCUUGAAAAACUGGGAAUAUUUGUCAAAACAGUAACAGAAGGUGGAGCAGCAGAAAGAGAUGGCAGGAUCCAAGUGAAUGACCAAAUUGUGGAAGUUGAUGGCAUCAGUCUGGUUGGUGUUACACAAAAUUUUGCUGCAACUGUUCUUAGAAACACCAAAGGGAAAGUCAGGUUUGUAAUUGGCCGAGAAAAACCAGGACAAGUGAGUGAGGUUGCACAGCUGAUCAGCCAAACUCUAGAACAGGAACGGCGCCAGAGAGAGCUGCUGGAGCAGCAUUAUGCACAGUAUGAUGCAGAUGAUGAUGAGACAGGGGAAUAUGCUACAGAUGAAGAGGAUGAUGACAUGGGACCUGUCCUUCCAGGAGGUGACAUGGCUAUUGAGGUGUUUGAUCUCCCUGAAAAUGAUGACAUGUUCUCUCCCAGUGAUGUGGACACCAGCAAGCUUGCUCACAAAUUCAAAGAGUUGCAAAUCAAACAUGCAGUUACCGAAGCUGAAAUUCAGAAGCUGAAGACGAAGCUGCAGGCUGCUGAGAAUGAGAAGGUGAGGUGGGAAUUGGAGAAGACCCAACUCCAGCAGAACAUUGAGGAGAAUAAGGAAAGGAUGAUGAAAUUAGAGAGUUAUUGGAUUGAGGCACAAACCCUGUGUCACACGGUGAAUGAGCACCUCAAGGAGACGCAAAGCCAGUAUCAGGCUCUGGAGAAGAAAUAUAACAAGGCAAAGAAAUUAAUCAAGGAUUUUCAGCAAAAAGAACUUGACUUCAUCAAACGCCAGGAAGCUGAACGGAAGAAAAUAGAAGAUUUGGAGAAAGCACACCUCGCAGAGGUCCAAGGCUUACAAGCUCGUAUACGAGACUUAGAAGCAGAAGUUUUCAGGCUUAUGAAGCAAAACGGGAGCCAGGUUAACAAUAACAACAACAUUUUUGAAAGGCAGACAUCUUUUGGAGAAGUUUCUAGAGGAGAUCCAGUGGAAAAUCUAGAUACUAAGCAAAUGUCCUGCUUGGAUGGCUUAAGUCAAGAUUUUAAUGAAGCAGUGCCAGAAACAGAGAGACUGGACUCCAAAGCUCUGAAGACUCGAGCGCAGCUUUCAGUGAAGAAUAAGCGGCAGAGGCCUUCUAGAACAAGGCUGUAUGACAGCAUCAGUUCAACGGAUGGAGAGGACAGCCUUGAACGAAAGCCGUCAAACAGUUACAGUAGUCCCAUGCACAUUUCAAAAUCAGCACUACCCUUAUGCAUGAGAGCAUCCUCACCAGCAUCAGAUUCUGGUGCUUCUUCCCUCUCCCCUGUGGCUAGCAGUGCAGCAAUCUCACUUGACAACCUAACUGCAAACCAAGAAGAAGGACAGCACCGAAAAGGAGGUGUCCUUUCCCCACAUGUUCGGGGAGAGACUCCACUUUCCUCUCCUUCAAAAUCUGGGCACAGCUCUGAAGCCUCUCCUUUGCAUCACCCUGCGGGCAGGCGUAUUGUACAGUAUAAAGAUGGUGCCACAGGUGCUCAGGCAGCAAGAACAGCUAGCCCGACUAUAGGGCAUACAGAAAAACUAAAGCGAAAACUUGCAGAUCUUGGGGCUCCAUUGAGAAGGAGUUCCAGCAAGGGCAAGAAGCGGAAAGAGAAAGAAGCUGUUAGGGUGACCUGUGGCAGUAGGACCGCCAGGGAGAUGCUGCAGAAAUCAGCAAACACUGAAUCUUUAGCAGAGAGAUCCUCCUCUCUCCCACACUGUGUACCAUUCACAUGGUAUGGAGAGAGUGGCAAGGGAUCCAAUUCUUCUAGCAACCUGCCAUCACCUACCAGCUCAACUGAACCUUCCUCUGAAAAUUUAAGUCCAGCUAAAAAAGGGUCAAAGAAUUUCACGUUCAACGAUGAUUUCAGUCCCAGCAGCACCAGUUCAGCAGACCUGAGUGGUUUAGGAGCAGAACCCAAACCCCCAGGCUUCUCACACUCUUUAGCACUGUCGUCAGAUGAGAUCCUUGAUGAUGGACAAUCUCCUAAGCACAGUCAGUGUCAGAGUCGUGCCGUUCAGGAGUGGAGCGUGCAGCAGGUUUCCCACUGGUUAAUGAGCCUGAACCUUGAGCAGUAUGUUUCUGAAUUCAGUGCCCAAAACAUCAAUGGGGAGCAUCUCCUUCAGCUGGAUGGGAGUAAGCUCAAGGCUCUUGGUAUAGCAUCUUCCCAGGACAGAGCAAUCAUUAAAAAAAAGCUAAAGGAAAUGAAAGCAUCCUUGGAGAAAGCUCGCAAAGCUCAAGAGAAAAUGGAAAAGCAAAGGGAAAAGCUUCGGAAGAAGGAACAAGAACAACUGCAGAGGAAAUCGAAGAAAACAGACAAGUCCUCAUUGGAUGCAACAGAGGGCACUAACGAGCAGUGAUAAGCAGAGGUGCUGCUGUGUUUGAAGAGUGGAGGCACUUCAAGGAAAAAAAAAACUCAUACCACUCUGGUGCCCCUUCAGCUUUCUUGCAUUCAUUACACAAGAGUGUGUACAGAGAAAUGGGGCUUUCCAUAGAAUGAGUAGGGAAAUUUAUAUUGUGUAGUUUUAUUUUCCCGCAUACCCAGUUCACUCUCGUUGUUGUUGCCAUGUGAAACAGCCCCAGCCCCUUGGUUUGUUUUGUUGUUGCUGACAGCUAACAGAUUUCAUAUUUGUGUGGCAGUGUUUUCUUCCAAACUACUCUUCUCUAUUGAGCUCUCUGUGUUUGGUCACUUCAGUAACCAGCAUGAUGCUGAGGAGCAUGGUCCACUGCUUCACCUCUUCUAAAUAGGAUGGCCAGUCAGAACGAUUGGUGGAUGUUUCUUCAGCUGGGUAAAAGGAGUAGUGCUCUGUCUGAUAAGAGCUGACUUAACUUUCAGACUGGAAGUUCAGCUUCUUUACAGUGUCUGGAGAUUCAGUUCUGUCUACUGGAAUAAGUUUCAUCUUGCAUCAGUACCUUGAAGUGACACUGCUCUGGAAACACAACUGUUCAGUGACUUCUUAUUAUACACUGGAGAUAAAGACAGGAGAGUUGAUAUUCCCCUGAGUAAAAGGCAGGAGGUGAAACUCAUUCUGUUAACUGUACAAUAGUUAAUCCAGGAAGGAGGCAAAGCCUUAAAUGAUUAUGUGGGUUUACACAGAAAUCUGAGGAUAACAUUUAUCCUUUAGAUAUCUGAGCAAGGAUGAAUUUCUAACUAGAGCACAGCUUAUAGAUCUGUAUAAAUUUCAUUGUGCUCCCAGUGUGUAGGCAACUUUCUUAUAGCACACCCUGCUUUCUUUUUUUGUGUGUUUUCAACAAGAAACUGGGUUUACUUUGUGUUAGGUUUUGGGUUUUUUUCCAAGAAAAAAUCUACAUCUUCAGAUUCAUUCUCCAGUAAGCAUUGGGAGAAUAAGCUUUGUGCUGUGCUGUUGUUGGAAACGAUUAUCAGGCUCAAGUCUGAUAAAGAUUUUCAGUUUUUACAGAAGUGCACUUUAAGCAGAGAAAGAUGAGGGAUCCUGGUUGAAAUUAAAUUGAGUACAUUGCUCUUAAGGUCAAUGCUGCCAUGGAGGUGACAGUUACUAAAUCCAAAGCUGCCAUAUAUAUAUUAACAGUUUUGAUUGAUGUGUUUAAAGAAUACCCCCAUCAAAACCUGAAGUUUUGGGCAUAGGCUGUAGAGUGUUUUGAUGGUUUAGCAAUGGUCAUAUUACAUAUUACCUGGUCAUAUUACAAUGACAAUGACAAUGGUCAUAUUACCUCCUUCAGAGGUUUCUGUUUUCUUGGUAUGUGAGGCCAUCAGGGAAGCCUGCUGUGUGGUUUUGACUAUGACAGAAGCAGCGUGUAGCUCUCCCUGCGUGGUGUUACUGCCUUUUAAGAACCGUAUGAAAAUAUUCAGUAUUUCUCCAAAAGAAUGGACAGAGAACAGGCAAAUACCUGCAAUGAGAAGCUAGAGGUCUUUGCUUACAGCUUUAUAGUCAAAGCUAACUACAUUGCAGCAUUUAUAGCUGAGAAACAUCACUUCCCUUUCCUACAUCCUGGAAGUUGCAGUCUUCAUCUAGUCAUGCCAACCCAUAAAUUGUUUAAGAUGUUGAUGCAGAGUUAGAAUUUUGAACUUAAAAAUUUGCCAGCCUAAAAAUUGCAAAUAUCAAAUUCUUUUGAAGAAAACAUUUUAGUUUGGCUUGGCUUCUCUUCUGCUUUUGCUUUAUGGCAUUCAGGUUUGUGUCUGUAAAAUUCUCUGCAACUCAGAUUUGAAACAGUUGGCAUGCAGUGCUGAUAGUUAAAUUUCUUUUGAUCCCAGUAGUUUCUUUUGACAAGUAAAAUGGUCUGUAAACUGAGAGAGCCUAAUUUAUUUCAGACUAAUAAACAACACAUCUGAAUAACAUUAGCUUUAUGUUUCCUGCCAAAUCCAAUUGCUACAAGUUUCUGAUGUACAUUUUACUUAGAUCUAAAAAUUAAUUUGCUGUUAAGAUGUUUCCUGAUAUUUCUAAAGGCUUGUGCUAUUUUUCUUGAGAUAGACCACUGGCAAAACAAAUACACCUGCUAACAAGAAUUCCGUAUUACAGUGCAUCUUUCUGCACUCUGCUGGAGAAAAAUUAUGCAGAUGUUUAACAGCCUUGUAAAACUAGCAUUCUGUUCUUUGAGGAGGUUAUCACUUUAUAUGCGAGUAAGAGAAGUUAUCUGGAAAAAACUGGAAGUUUAAUAUUUUAAAUACGAUGUUUAUAAAUGCAUUUGAUGAUGAUUUUCUUUUUAAAUUAUGUUUACAUUGUAGUAAUGAUUAAGUGGUUGUAUAUAGUCAUCUUAAGUGGUGUCCCAGUUUUACGUUCUUGUUUUCUUAGAAACCUGAGCAGACUGCUUGGCAUUAUACAUUGAGUUUUCAUUCUUGCUGCUUAGAACAGUGCCUAGUUAAUCUCUUUGUAAAUCAGUCUUAUUCUGCAGAACAACUAAUUCAACUUGAGUCCUUUAAGUAUUCAGGGUUGGUUUUAUUGCUUUGUGGUGAUGUUAUUUUGUUAUUCUCCAUCUAAAACAAACAAACAAACAAACCCACAAACAAGCAAAAAAAAGCUAACUUAAAAAAAACCUAGUAUCUUAAAUUUAAAAUGAAACCAUAAAAUGUAUUUUGAUCAACACAUGAAAACUAAGCAAACCAAGCAAUGUCAAGAGUUUUGCUCUUAUUUCUGUGAUGAAAGAGAUUUAUGUUGUAUGUUUUAUUAAGUCUGGUAAUUCAUGAUUGGGACAUGCAGAAGUGUCGCUGGGUAACAUAAAGUUGAAACUUGUGUUAUUGUUCUGCAGGACCUUUAAAAUUGUGUUGCAUUUUUUCCCUGCUGCCAUGUAAUGGCAUAUGUGAAGCAGGGGAUGUGGGUGUCUCACCACUCUGAACUUAAGCUUCCUGUAAGUCAGACUACUGUGGGGGGUUGUGUGGUAGGAAGAAAAAAAUAUUUCAUGCUAAAUGACUGGAAAUGCUUUCUCUUUUGGCUCAUCUGCAAGUGUAAGUAUUGCCUACUUUUUAUUUGUGGUCCUAAAGCAAUUUUGAAUAUGCUGACCAGUCUGGCCACCUUUCAACCACAGUGCAGGCAGCGUGGUGUUUCCACACAUCUAGCUGUGUGUCUGUGUCAUCUUUACACCAAGGUGCUGGCAGCAGGCUGGUGAAGUGAACUUCUCCCUGGUUGUGAUAGAAGGCCAGUUCUGUAAAUGCUGGUUCUGCACCUUGCUGCAGUGUUGCCAGCUUGUGAUUACAUCAGGGCUCUGAAAUGGUGAGGAAAAGAGGGUUAGCAAAAAAAGGAGCUCUGAAAAACAGAAAAUAAAAGAUACGACACUGCACAUUAGUUCUAAACCCCUUCGUGUUUAUACUGAGAUUCUUCCGAACCUUCUUGCUCUGCCCACAUCAGCCAGGCAUACUGGCAGUAAUCACUUCCAGCCCAUGCCCACCUCUCUGAGCAGGUCUGGUUGUGUCACCGUGAGUGGAGCCUGUUCAAGAUUAUUGGCUAGAUUGCACAAUAGAACAAAAGCCAGUAAUAAAAAGCUAAACAGAGUUAGGUGAUGUUUGUAUGUCAGUACUUUUUUUUUUUUUUUUUGCACGAGGCAUCUGUUGUACCAUGACUCUAGUCUGCUGCUAAGGUACCACAAGAAUUAAGAUUUUACUGGAAGUACUGAGUAACUUCCCUCUGAAGCUUGCCAGUCCUUGGAUUUCAUUGACAUUCAGAGAUGCUUGACACUGAGCAUUCAGGUUCUUCAUUCUUAAUUACUUCCAUCAAAGCCUCCUGAGCUGCUCCUGGCUUAAGUGCUGGAGAGUAAGAAGUGGGCAAUGUUGUGUGAUUUUUGAGAAUUAAUUUUGUCCUGCUUUUUAAGUCAGAGAAAGAAAUUUCACUCUUCUUAACAGUGCAGAAUCUAGUUCUACAGAAGAAUGAAAGAGGAUCAGCAUUUAGUUGUUUCUGGCUAAGAAGUACAAUUCGAUGUACCAUUCAACACUGAAAUUCAAAGGUCUGCACAGAUUCAGCUGUAGUUCUUACAGAAUCUGUAGUGCAGUCUGUACUGUUUCUUCUGAUGAAGUUUAGGGUAAGUUUGUAAGAAUUAAGUCCUGUGUUGAUUCCUCAACUGAGUGUUUACAGAGAGAAAAUAGAUCAAGAUAAAAGCAAAAUCUGAUCUUGCCUUCUUAGGUGUGUCCUCAUCCCCUGCAUUAUCAGCAAACUAAGUAAUAGAGGAGCUGGAUCAUUUAGUAACACCUUCCUCAUUCCUUGCUGUCCCUCACUGGAAAACCUCAGGAAACCUAUGUCAUGGUCCAGAACACUAAAAAACACAAACGUUUGAAAACAGUACAUAUUUAAUUAAGUUUUAAGUCUUUAACAGCCCAAAUGGGCAGAGUGCACAGAGCAGUUAGAUGGUUUGGGUUCAGUUUUGUUAAAUUAGUGGUUGAAAAUAAUAAAAUCAGUCUUCCUAGAAAUGUUGAAGCGAUUUGUGGCUUGACUCCUCCUUUUAAAUGAAUAUGUAUGGAUUUGUGCAUGUGCAUCCAUGGAUAUUCACACAGAUUGACACUGCACUAGGAGCAGGUGGCACACGAGGUGCUGUGUAUGGUACAGGGCUGUAGGCACAUGGUACAGGCAAUAGGCAGAGGGUCUGCAAGCUCAAGAGGUGCAAAGUGCUACCCCUUGGUCUCACCAGCAUAGGUACCCCUGGCUAGGCUGCUGGCUUUGGUCACUCUUUUCAUGUGGAGUUUUAUGUAUUUUGCAGAUCAGAAGAUUUUAAAGUUUUGUUAAAACCAUAUAUAGAAUGGUUCUCUGCAGGUCCUUCUCUAUGUUGUCCUUCGAUAGUUUUUUUGGGUAGGGAAGUUGGCAGGACUGAUUUACUGGAGUAUCAGUGUUCCUGGGAAGGAAACUUUUUUUAUAUAUAUUUUGUAAUCCUAGCUUUGAUUUCUAAAGGAGAGCUCUCAGCAGCUCAUUGUUGAGUAUGAUUGGUGACAUCUGAGGUGACUUACCCAUUCACCACAGUGGAAUGUGGGUCAUCUGCAGUUCCCUCUUGUUGAUGGGCUGUAUGGAUUUUACUGUAUUUUUCCCACCUGUAGAACUGGCUUUCUGAAGCUGUGACACCUUUGUCAUUACAUUGAGCCCUCUAAAUCCCUCGUUACAAAAUGAGCUUUCUCUUACUAACUGGCAGUACUAGCUGUGGUGCUUUUGCUGUCAGCAUUAAGUAAUUCUUUAAAAGAUGUGUGAAACAGCAAGAACUGGAAGGCUUGGGGUUAGUGCCUGGAGCUGCCUGUUUCUUUGGGAAGUUCAGACUGUUCAGAAGGAGCCGUAGGGUUUCUUCUUCCAGGGCAAGGAGAGGUGAGGAGGGCUCGCAGCUCAUGAGAUUGGAUCCAAUUCACUUAAUCCAGGAGCCCCAGGCUCCUGCUGGGAUUUCAGUGGGAGCUUUGUCAGCGACUCCAGUGGAAGCUGAUCCAGGCCCUGGUGCAGAAGCCUCCGAAGGAAAGGGGGAUCCCAGAGCACCAGGUAUACGGAGUAACCACCCCAUAUGGAAGGGGGGAGUGCACAGUGAACCUCUUCUGACUCUGUACUUUCCCAUACACAUUUCCUGCCAGAAUGACUGUUUUUGUAUUUUCCAGUCACAUUGCAAUGGGAACGCACUGGUCACUGACAAGUUAGACAUAUUGCUGGUAGACCAGGCAGCUAAAAACCUCAAAUGCACUGCGCUCACUGUAAAAAUUGACUUCUUACAUUGUUUCUUUUCAUAUGGUCAAAGAGGUGGUUGCGCUUCGGAUUUUUUUCCUUUUCGUUUUCUUUUUUACAAGAGGUCAAAUGUAUAUGAAGUGCAUGUUAUUCUGAACUUUUUGUUUGUACAUCUUGGUGUCUGAUCAUCUGCAUGAAAGACACAGUAGUGCCAUGUCUGAGCUUGUUCUCUUGUGCUUGGUUGAUAUGAACUUCUCUAGAUCGUUGAGUUUUCCCCAAAAUACCUUUGGUUAAUAUUUAGUUAUUGGGAGACAUCAAAACAAAACAUCAUGGUGGCCCUUUGUUUUCUUACAGUUUAAAUACAAACAACAAAGCCUUGUGGUUUAAAGUUAAUUUGUUAUUGUAAAUAAAUUUCUUGCCAAUGAGUAUUAUUGUUGUUAGACAACGAAUGCAAUAAAAUGAGAAAUCCUGAAUCUUUAUUA